AUGAGGUUCUUAUGGGGUAAUAAAGGUAAUAAGGGUAUUCAUCGGGUGAAGAAGAGUAUAGUUCAGCUGCCACGAGGUAUGGGGGGUUUGGGUAUACGGAAGGUGGAUACACUAAAUGAUACUUUACUUAUGAAACAAGCAUGGAGGAUGCACAAAAAUCCACAAUUACUUGUGUCGAGGGUUUACGGAGGAAAAGGUCAAUCGAUGCUAAGAACGGGAAAAGGAAUGGUGUUGAGGAAUAAACGUUUAUCGUGGGAUAACUGGGUAAAUGGAAGAGUUCGAGAAGCAGGGUUAAAUAUUACACUUCGACAGGCAAUGUCUUGGAGGGUGAAAGAUUUUAUUGACAGAGAUGCUAAAAGUUGGGAUAUUAGAAAAAUUCGGGAAGCUUUUACGUUCGCAGAUGCUCGAGAAAUUUGCUCUAUGGAACUCCCAAUUUCUGAUAAUAGUGAUGUGUUCCUGUGGAACCUUACAAAAUCGGGUUAUGCCUAUCUUAUGGGAAAACAGGUGAUUAAUGACAAACUUGAUCAUGAAGAAGCAGAGCUUUUGAAUUACAUAUGGAAAAGAAACCUCCUUCCAAAGUGGAAAAUUUUAAUUUGGAAAGUUUUCUAUAACGGUUUGGCUGUGAAGGAGAAUCUGUGUUACAGGGGGAUGAGUGAGACAGGCAUUUGUGAUAUUUGUGGGUGUCAAGAUGAGGAAUUAAAUCAUAUGUUUACGCAUUGUACGAAUGAUGGACAUGAGAGUCCUAGAGUUUUGUACUUCUUUGCUACUUUGUGGGAAAUAUGGGUGGCAAGAAAUGAUUAUGUGUUCAGGGGUAAUCUACUACAAUUUGAUGAAAUCAUGUCACAAAUUGAUCAAUGCUUACAAGAGCAGGACACCUUCAGACAAAGGGAUUCGGAUUCCUUGCAGUUCCUUCAUUUGCCAGAAAUGGAACCUAAUCAACCUCCAGGUUUCAAAAGAGCAAGCAUAGGUAAGUAUGAUUCUGGAAGCUCGAUGUUUUCUAUACAAGUAGAUGGAGCUUGGUCCAAACAUACAAAAAGAAUGGGUACGGGAUGGGUCUUGGAGAAGAAUGGAAUGGUGACUACUAUCUAUGGUUGA